AUGGAGCUACUUCUUUAUCCGAAUGUGUAUUCUCACAAUGCUGGUUAUGUCUUCUAUAGUACCAGUCGCCCAUUUGGAAUGAGUCAAGACACUGUAACCUUCUGUUUGUGCUUUCACACUGGAGUCUACGCAUCCACCAUCUCCAUGCUAUCGGUCCAGUUUUUAUAUCGAUACUGGGCGAUUUUUGAUGAAACAAAACUCCGCUUUUUCAAAGGAUGGAAGUUUAUGAUCUCUGUUGUCUAUUCGGCGUUCUUCGGCGUUGUUUGGGCUCUGGGGACAUUGUAUUUUGAUGAAAUUGACAAUUACUCAAAAGGAUAUUUUAACUCUGAUAUGCUUCAAAAAUUCAAUCUCGACAUUUCUGAGGUUUCGGGUGUAGCCGUUGUUGCCUAUGACGCUACCGGUUCUAUUCGAUGGUUCAACAUCUCGUCGACACUUAACAUGACAUGUAUCAUGGCUAUCCAGUAUACUGUAAUCAUCUAUUGUGCUGUUUUUAUGUAUAUUGGUAUGGAGGAAAAGCUUCAAAUACUCUCACUAUCCAUGAGAAACCUUCACAAGCAAUUUUUCAAGACACUCAUUCUCCAGAUUGUAACCCCCACUAUAACUCUGUUUUCUCCAGUGACAUUUAUAUUGUACCUUUCACUACUAGAUAUUGAGUGUGAUCUACCAACUGGUAUUUUGCUCUGCGCCAUUACACUGUACCCAGCUAUGGAUGCUAUCAUUGUUUUGUGCAUCGUCUCAGCCUAUAAAAAGGCUGCAAAAAAACUCACUAUUCAGUUUUUGGAUAAAUGUAGAAAGUUGUUGGGUACCGUGGAAACAGAGCCAAGUACCAGACUUAAUAAUGUGAAUCUUCCAAAUGUUAUGAACUAA